AUGACGGAGCUGAGGAUGCUGAAAGCCAAGAGACACCCAAACGUGGUCCGCCUACUGGUGGAUUACGUUACAGACGAGCGGCUCUAUCUUGGGGUCGAGCUGAUGGAGGGAGACCUGUUUGAACUGGUCCAACAACAAGGACCUCUGCCGGAGGGGGAGUGUUGUGAUAUGUUGGGGCAGGCUUUCGCUGGGCUGACGGCCUGCCAUGCUCAGCGUAUCCUGCACCGGGAUAUAAAACUGGACAAUUGUCUCCUCCGGGGCCAACGGGUCUGUAUCGCUGAUUUCGGGCUCGCUUGCCGACUUAAUCAGAGGUUCCUGACUACGUCGCGGCGGGCUGGUACUUCUCCAUUUUGGGCACCGGAGUUCCUGAAAAGGUUGCCGUUCGGACUCCCCUCGGAUGUGUGGGCCAUGGGAGUGACGGCCUUGUACAUGGCAACCGGGAAGCUACCCUUCAUCUCGCCAAAUGAGGAGAAGAAGGUGCUGAACUUAAUAGGACACUACCGCGGGGAGGAGAUGCUCGAGGUGCCGGAGAGAUUACGCCGCAGCCUGGUGGAACUUCUGAUGGUUGAUUCGGAGCAUCGCCCUUCCGCUGCAUGGGGCGAGACGACCUUCAGGCAGCUGGCCGUGUUAGUCAAGGAGGGGUCCAAAGAGAUGGCCUCAUCUGAAAGACCAUCAAAGUUCGAAGUCAUAAAGGUGGGAGAGAGUUUUGUGGAAGGCAUUGAGAGGCAACCAAAUGGUGGCUGA